GAGCUGUUCCGCUGCCGUUCCGCGUCCAAUGUGUGGCCCGGGCGUCAGUAGCGCGUGAAGCAGUGUUGACAGGAGCGUAGUUGUCGGCGGAGCGGCGGCAGCAGACAGCAUCACCGACGCCGAAUGGAGUAAUCACAGACUUAUUAUCCCACACAGCGUCUUAUUUACAAGCAUUGUUUACACCGUACAAACAGCGAAGCCAUGGCAGACGACCAGUCCUCCCAAUCCUGGUCAAUCGACAAGGAUGACUACGAACUCAACGAGGUGAUAGGGAGUGGAGCCACUGCAGUUGUCCAGGCAGCCUACUGCAAACCCAGGAAGGAGAAGGUGGCCAUCAAACGCAUCAACCUGGAGAAGUGUCAGACUAGCAUGGAUGAGCUCCUGAAAGAGAUCCAGGCUAUGAGCCAGUGCCACCAUCCAAACAUUGUGUCUUACUAUACCUCCUUUGUGGUGAAGGAUGAACUGUGGCUCGUGAUGAAGCUUCUCAGUGGUGGCUCUGUGUUGGACAUCAUCAAACAUAUCAUCUCUCGUGGCGAGCACAAGACCGGGGUGUUGGACGAGGCCAGUAUCGCUUCCAUCCUGAAAGAAGUGCUGGAGGGGCUGGAGUAUCUUCACAAAAACGGGCAGAUUCAUCGGGAUGUAAAGGCUGGAAAUAUUUUGCUUGGGGAUGACGGCUCAGUGCAAAUUGCUGACUUUGGUGUGAGUGCCUUUCUAGCAACAGGAGGAGACAUGACUCGGAACAAAGUUCGAAAGACGUUUGUGGGGACGCCGUGUUGGAUGGCCCCGGAGGUCAUGGAGCAGGUCCAUGGCUAUGACUUCAAAGCAGACAUCUGGAGUUUUGGGAUAACAGCCAUUGAACUUGCCACAGGGGCUGCGCCAUAUCACAAAUACCCACCAAUGAAGGUGCUGAUGUUAACUUUGCAGAAUGACCCUCCCUGUCUGGAGACGGGCAUCACAGAUAAGGAAAUGGUGAAGAAGUACGGAAAGUCCCUCAGGAAGAUGCUCUCCCUGUGUUUACAGAAAGAUCCUGAAAAAAGGCCAACUGCUGCUGAGUUGCUGAAACACAAAUUCUUCACUAAAUCCAAGAACAACGAGUACUUGCAGGAGAGGCUUCUACACAAAGGGCCAACAAUAACACAGCGAUCAAAAAAGGUGCGUCGUGUGCCUGGCUCGAGUGGCCGCCUCCACAAGACGGAGGAUGGUGGUUGGGAGUGGAGUGACGAGGAGCUGGACGAGGAGAGCGAGGAGGGUAAAGCUGCUGUUGCAGCUCUGCGGUCGCCCAGAGUGAAGGACGGGUCCCAGAAUAUGGAGCUUUUUCCACCAGUAGCUGGCUCCACAGGACAUCUGCAGCCACCCGCUGCAGCACAUGAGGGCCCUGUGAGUGCGGCCAAGACAGGAGAGGAUGCUCCACCACAGGCUCCCAUGCAAACAGCGAGCCUGUCACUUGUGCCCACUGCUCAGGAUCCUUCUGCAGCCGAUGCUAGUGUUCCCAUCAGCCUCGUCCUGAGACUGAGAAAUCUCAAGAAGGAACUCAAUGACAUCCGGUUUGAGUUCAUGUCCGGCAGAGACUCUGCUGAUGGAGUUUCUCAGGAGUUGGUUUCAGCCGGGCUGGUGGAUGGGAGGGACUUAGUCAUUGUUGCUGCCAAUUUGCAAAAGAUUGUUGAUGAUCCUCAUAGUAACAAAAAUCGGACCUUUAAACUGGCAUCAGGUGUGGAGGAGUCUGAAAUUCCUGAUGAUGUUAAACUCAUCGGAUUUGCUCAGCUCAGCAUCAGUUAAAUCAAGCGGAGCCAGCAAAAAGGGACUGAAACAAAUGGUAUUGCACAGCUGAAUUGUAGUCAGUUCCAAGAGACCACUACUGCCAAAGAGAGGAAGAGGAGGAGGAGGAAGAAGAUGAUGAUGAGACGUGAAGCUGGCAGGACUGUGACACUACUGCAGGAUGCAUGAGGACCACAUUGAGACGAGGCUCAGUUCAUCACAGGAAUCACACUUGAAACGUUUACAGUGCGCUUAUACAGUAAAUGGGAGAACGGAUGCAAUCAGCUAUAUGAACUCCUAAUUUCUUUCCCUUUGUUUUGUUCCCUCUUCAUACAUAAGCACAAUCCAAACAUCUCCUGCCAGUACUGGAAGUGAUUGCCUUUUUUUUUUUUUCCUUAAUCAAUAGUGCCACAAAACUCAUGUGUUGCGCGACCUUACAUGGCACUUUAUGUUACAUUGAAAUUGAAAAGAAUAAAUUCAGCCUUAGGUGCUCAAACAAUAGAUUUUACCAGUGUGAUUGGUGAAAAAUUAAGUCCAUUUGUGAUUAUUUGGUGUAUUCUAUUAACACAGAUUUACGAAAUCUAAAAGGAAACCCUUAUAAAAUCCGAUAUAAACACACUGCAGCAUAGUUGCAGGGUUAAAUCUGUAAAUUCAGAUGGGUUUUUAUAUAAAAAUGACCAGAUUACUAUAUAAAGCAGUACAAUGGGCUCUCCUCCACAGUAUCAGUGUGUGGUGAUUUUGUUAAAGCAUAGAAGUGUUAAUGCUUUGACUGCACUGCUGUAAUCAUUCAGAUAUAGGCAAAUCAGAUGUAAUUGCUGUGUCUCAUAACUAGUUUCAAUAUGUUGUCCGAGGCCGUUCUCCUGAGGUAUUAAUGACAGGCUUGUUUUUAAAGAUUGAGACCUUCCUCAUAUUCUUGUACUAUGCAAUCGUUGUUUUCUUUUCACCGAAUGUGACCAUUAGUCGCUUAUAAUAUUUCUCUUGGGAUGAAUAAAACCACUUUUUGUGCUUGUACCUCAAAAGAAGUUCAUAAAUUGCAACCAGCAAAACGGGCGUCUCUAAGAAUCAGCAAUGGGCUUGACUUACAUUUUCACAAGCAUGUCGAUAAAGGGAAAACUUAACACACCAACAGUCACGGCUGUUUGCUUUUUUCUGUACCCUUUUAAGGGUCUUACCCUUUUUAGUGAUAAAACAGCUGAGAAGAAUUAUGAGUGCUGGUGAUGAGUGUUGCAUCUCGAAGCAGCUUGCAUUACAGGUCGACUGCUGAUGAACUUCUGGGGAGGUGUGCAUGCUCAAAAACUGAAAAUGUUCUAUCAAUGUGAAAUAAAGUUUAAAGGGGCAGUUCAACCUAAUUGCAAAACCAGUGGCUUAUAGCCAUGGAGAUUUGGUUUAUUUGUUGUCAAGGAUUUAAACUAUUUGAGAUUUUUGGCUCCAGCCCAAUACAAUAGCGGAGUAGUAAAUUAAAUUUGUAGCUAUGGUGGCUUUAGACCAGUGUCAGCCACUCUGUCGACCAUUGUCAUCCACAUUGAAAUAACUAUUGGAUGAAUUGUAAUGACAAUUAUGAAAUAGGUUCACUUGACUUAAAGGUUUGGUGUGUAAGAUUUAGUGACACCUAGUGGUAAAGUUGCAUGUUGCAGCUGAAUACCCCUCACCUCACCCUCCCCUUCCAAACAUGAAAGAACCUGCGGAAGCCUUCACUUGUCUUAACAACCCCAAAGGUGUUUAGUUUGUCCAGUUUGAAGUAUUUAAAUAUAAAGAGCCCAUUCUAGGGUAAAGAAAACAAUUUGUACAAUUUAGAUGAAACACUAGUAAUAACAUCACUAGGAAUAUUUUAUAUAAAAUGUUUGCCAAUAGAUCCCUUUCACCUAAAUCUUACACACUGAACCUUUAAGUAAUUGACUUUUCAUCUAGGUCGACUAUAAGGUCAAAAUAAUGUCCUCUCAAUACGGUGUUUUUUGAAAAAAGCUAAAUUAAUGACUUUCAUUUUGACCUAAGCUCUUCUUUGUAUUUAGUGCUAUAGUAAACAUAGCCGAUAAUUAUCAACAUGCUACAAUUGUCAUUGUGUGCAUGUUGGCAAGCUGCUCAUAUCACUGCUGAGCUGAAGCAUGGCCACGGGCACGGCUGUAGAAUUUUGAGUCUUGUUGGUUCAUAUACUUUUCUACUUCUACUUCUGGAGACAGGGACUUUGUUCAUCUGGAUAAAUCAUUGGACCAUUGUGGGUUUCUUUUAACUUGAAGUAGUUUCUAAAAGAAAUAAUUGUGAUUUAUUGAAAAGGAGACAAUGUUUGGAAUGCUAGCAGCCUGGCUCUAUGGAUGGUGAGGCCCUGACUUGACCCAUCACGGUCAAGUCAAGUCUAUUAGGUUGACAUUUAAGUUUUUGGGAAAGAAUUAAUCCCAUGAUAUUAAGAAAAAUAAUUUUGGUCCCCGCUCAGCAAUUCCCGAAACUUGGAUCUUCUCCUGACUUAAACCAAAUACCUGCAAAACUCAGCCAUGGGCGAACACCGUGUUAUGUGCUAAUGAGUAAUAGUUGGUAUGCCGAAAGCCACUGUGAGAGACUCAGCAUAUGACUUAAUAGAUGCUAAUAGAUGCUUAUUUCAAUGUAGGUUUUCAGGGCAGUGAAAUUCAAAUGUGACUGCAUGGCUGGAUUCCACUUUUUCAUAUAUUGGGUGAAGUAACCCUUAAAUCUUUUCCAGAAGCCAUUUAUUACUUUAGUGUUUUUGAGUCACUAGGCAAGUUGUGUUCACAGUGUGUAGUCUCUUCAAACAACAAAUCACUUUUGUCACUCCCAGUGUAGCUGUACGGUUGUUUUGUACCAUGUACCAAGGGCUGUGAUACAGCUCCUGGUUUAGGUACUGAUGUAAAUGGUGUAUGUAAAGAAGUUGUAAAUGUACGUAUGAUAAACUCCAUGCAAUGUAACACCAACAGGUUUGUAUGUAAUGAUGUGACCGUUUAAAUGUUCAUGUCAAACAAAAGGAACAUUUCACUUGUAAAUAUGGAUUAUGACAAAUAUCCUGAGACUCGUGUUCAGUACAUAGAGUUACAUUUGUUUUGUAGUGUUUUCCACUGUUUGCCUUUGUUCGAGCAUCACUAGUCAUGCACAAAAUAUUUGUUCAACUGGCACCUUAAAGAUAUGUUAACAUGCAUAUUUUUGGAAGAACAUGGAAGCUUGUAACCACACCGUCUGUGCUUUGGCAUCCUGAUAAGCAGUUUUACUCACUGAAACCUGUUCAAGGCAAAUGGAUAAAAAGAAAACAGCUGGCACAAGUUA